AUGAAUCUUGAAGAACGUCUUAAACGACAUGAGGAAGGUGAAUUAGAGACUAAGAUCUCUGUUUUACGUGAAAAACGCGAAAGAGUUAUAGCUUCAAUGCUUCGUAAAAUAAAAUUAACAAAGAAUGUAGAUUUUUGCUUUGUUUUGGACUGUACCAGUUCUAUGACUGGAUACAUCGAAGCUGCAAAGAAUUGUAUUUUAAAAGUGGCAGAUUACAUGAAACGUACUAACCCGAGCAUUUCUGUAUACGUCGGUUUCUGCGGAUACCGUGAUUAUUGUGACAAAAAGGACCGAAUUCAGUAUUUAGAUUUUACCGAUUCGUAUGAAAUAUUCAGAGAAUACAUAGAAAAUCAUGUAACAGCAAAAGGAGGUGAUGACGUUCCAGAAGAUGUCUUAGGUGGACUCGAUGCUGCAAUAACCCGAAUGUCUUGGUCUAAUGCCACCCGAGUCAUUUUGCACAUUGGUGAUGCACCACCACAUGGCCGUCGGUUUACUACUAUGUAUGACAACUACCCAGACGGUGAUCCAACUGGUCUAACGGCAGAAAGUGUUAUGAGCAGAAUGAAAUGGUUAAAUAUCUUAUACUUUUUUGGAAAAAUUACUGAUGAAACUGAACAGAUGAUCGACGUGUUUCGUGGCAUUAUUGGGCAAUUCGCUGUGUUUAAUCUCCAGGCCUCAGGAAAUGAUCCGGAAGAGUUACUUACUAAAUUUUUUCAUGCUACCUGCUCGGCCAUCACUUCUUCUGUUUCUGUGAAUAGUACUAUAAUAAAAGAUUCUUUUAGUACAAACUCUUUAGACAAAAAGAAACUUCAAAUAAAUCCGCAAGAACCUGACUGGUCAACCCUUCCGGAGCUAAAUGGGAAACUUUUAUCUUAUAAAUUGCCUAAAAAAUUAAGUGAUAUCAAGGACAAAAAGUAUUUCAGCAGAUCAAACCUUACAAUCAACAGCAUGACCUUCAAGGUUGCCUCACAACCGUUCUCUAUUGGUGCAGAGCGGUAUGCAUAUUUUGGUAUUGACACUCAACGAGAUAAAGCACAGAAGUUGGUAAUGAAAAAAUACCAUGAUACUGAUAAAAAAGAAGAUUCCAUUAAACGAUAUCUUGAAUCUGCAAAAGUCUCCUCAGUAGCGCAUUUUCUUGCAAUGGAAUUCAACUCAGCUGCCAAACAAGUUAAUAUCAAAGAGAAUAUUAAAUUUAUCUAUGUGAAGAUCUUGAGACAGAAUAGAAUAGAACAAUAUUAUUCUGUGGAGGAGUACUUCCGUGAUGCCAAAUUUAAACGUUUCAAUGUGAAUAAUGGUGUAAUUACAGAAUUUCGUUCCACUCUUGAGGCGUUUUCACAUUUCACACAUAAUUACACUAAAGGGUAUUUGGUGGUUUGUGAUUUACAGGGCAUUGAACUCGAAAAUGAGUUUUGGUUAACAGAUCCUGCAAUACAUUGUGUCGAUUCUUUAAGAUUCGGAGGAACGAAUCUCGGAGAAAAAGGAAUCAAUGAAUGCUUUUUAAAAAACCAUAACU